AUGGCAAGUUAUAGCAAUGGUUCCACAAGUACAACUACAUUUGUGGUUUAUGCUUAUGAGAAAAUGGGGUUGUCUUUCACCGAGCUUUUUAGUCGGCUAUUUGCCAAGAAGGAGAUGCGAAUUCUUAUGGUAGGUCUUGAUGCUGCUGAAUUCCGACAAUCGAUUCGACCAUUGUGGAGGCAUUACUUCCAGAACACUCAGGGGUUGAUUUUUGUGGUUGAUAGUUAUGAUCGAGAUCGUGUUAUUGAGGCUAAGGAUGAGCUUCAUAGAAUGUUAAAUGAGGAAGAACUGAGGGAUGCUGUGCUGCUAGUUUUUGCCAACAAACAGGAUCUUCCAAAUGCUAUGAAUGCUGCUGAGAUAACUGACAAGCUUGGGCUUCACUCCCUUCGUCAACGCCAUUGGUAUAUCCAGAGCACAUGUGCCACCUCUGGAGAAGGGCUAUACGAGGGGCUUGACUGGCUCUCGAACAACAUUGCUAACAAGGUAGGUUGAGUGAUUCCCUGAAGGAGCUAAUGGAAAUUGAUUACAUUUUUCUAUUUUCCUUGGUUUACAGUCUUAAAGAAGAAAGGUUGGAUGGUUUUUGGCACCAAUCAAGAGUACGGUUUUUUUUGGUAUUUUCUCAUGCGAGAUCAUGUACCGUGAUUACUUUCUAAAAAAUAUAUAUAUAUAUAGUUGAUAGUGAUA